AUGGCUCAAGUCCUACCUUCUCCCGGUGUUGAAUCACACCCUUUCCACCAAACCACCAAAAAGAGAGAUGUCUCCUCCUUCAGCCCAGCAACACCAUCCCUGCUCUAUCACUACAAGCACCAGCUCUCCACCCCCUCGCCCAACAUUUCCAAAGACCCCUCGGACAUGAUCGACAUCCGCUCGUCUGAAACCUCCCUCCUCGAUACCCUCGACACCCAAACCCUAUCAUCCCUCACCCAGCAUACCGGAGAAAAAUCUUUCCCCUCCCUCCUCCUCUGGGACGAAAAGGGCCAAUCCCUCUACGACUCCAUUCUCGCCACACCCUAUUACUACCCCUACCGGGUCGAGAACGCUUUACUGCAAAAACAAAUCAGCCAUAUCGCUACCCCCAUCGCUUCUUCAACAACUGACAUCCUCGUUGAGUUGGGGGCAGGGAACCUAUCCAAGACUGCGCUCCUUCUUACCGCGCUUGACAGGUGUCUAGACUCUUGCAGUCAGAGACCUGGGACAGGGAAGAUAGUCUACUACGCCCUAGACGUCGACCGCUCCCUCCUUGAGUCUUCACUCAAACAACUCCGCAAACGUACCGCCCUUAAAAACAUCGAACUCCGCUCGCUUUUGGGUACCUACGAGGACGGUGCCAGGUGGCUGAGUCAGCCAGACCUGGCGCCGUAUAGAAAGACGAUGGUCUGGUUGGGGAAUAGCAUCGCCAAUUUUGAGAAGGAGGAAGCUUCUGCCCUCUUAACCAAGUUCACUAGCCAAAAUGGGAUGCAAAAUCUAGCCGGUUUCCUGUUGGGGGUGGAUGGCUGUCUAGACGAAGAGAAAGUGGAAAAGGCGUAUAAUGCCCCCGGUGGAGAGAAUAGGCGGUGGGUGUUGCAUGCGCUGGAGGCUGCUGGGGAGCAGUUGGAGCUUGGCCCGGACUCACUUGAGGGGGGUGAUAUGUUUGACGAAAAGAACUGGAGGUUCGAAGGACGAUGGGACUCGGAAAGGCAGCGGUAUGAGAAUUAUUUGAUCCCAGUAAAGAAGCUGGAGGCGGUGGUUCACAGUAAGGAGGAGGGGGAGAAGAAGAAAGUGGUGCUGGAGGAAGGGGAGAAGGUGUUUGUGUUGGGAAGUGGGAAGUGGACGGCGAGGGAUGUGCAGACAAUCUGUGAGAAGGGGCCGGGACUGGGGCUGAGGAGGAGUUGGCAUUCUGAGGGGGAUGAUUAUGGUGUCUAUUGGCUGCAGCCGGGGAAGAAGAGGUUUGAUAGUGGGAUUGAGAUGGAUGAUGAUGAUGGUGAUGAUGACGAUGAUGAGUUUUAG